AUGCUUUUAAUUGGUGAUUCUCUCUUACAUCAUGUUCGUAAACCAAUUACAACACCAUGUGAAUCUGUUGAAACUUAUAUUGAAUCAAUUGGUGGUUGUACCAUUGAUCGUUUAAUAACAUUGAUUAAACAAGAAUAUUUUAAAUCAUCAUUUUUAAAUCAAAAACAUUUAAUAAUUGUUAUUGGUACAAAUAAUUUAGCUCGUGAAAAAUCUCAAUCAACAAUAGUUAAAUUAGAAAAUUUACUUAAUUUAAUUUAUCGAAAAUAUUCAUAUUUAAAAACAAUUGGUAUAUGUACUGUACCAGAACGUACAAAAACAAGUAUUUUUUAUCGUACAUAUGGUGAUAAUGGUGGUAAAUCAAUACGUAAACGUAUUAGAAAAUAUAAUCAAAAAUUAAAACAUUUAAGAAAAAAACAAAUUAAAUCAAAACGUUUUACAAUUAUUAAAUUAAAUUUUGAUUUAUCAUUACAUGUAUCAAAUGAUGGUUUACAUCCAAAUGCCAAGGGUAUUGAACAUAUAUCAAAUGUUUUACAAGCUUAUGCAGAUACACUUAAGAUUAUAUGA